GUAGUUCGUUGUAAACACGGAAGUGGCUUCAGUUCCCUGUGUUCUUGUGCUAAGUAAAACAGCUAAAAACUAUUUGAAAGCAUUUUAACUCAAUCACAAUUUUAACAACUACUAGUUGGCUCUUUAAUGUAUGUAAAUGUGAACUAGUAGAGAGAGAAGAGGAAUAUAACUCAACCUACUUUUACAUGUCAAACCGUGUCUGCGUGUCCAAAAAUGCACAAUUUAUAAAAAGAAAUGGCAAAAACAAAAGAGAGGACAUUUAGGUUUCUUAUCCUUGGCGGUGGCAUCGCGGGUGUUACGUGUGUUGAACAGCUGUCAACUCAGAUACCGUCAGCUGACGUCGCUCUGAUUACAGCAGGUUCCCAUAUCAAGGCAGUGACAAACUACAAACAGGUAUCCAAGACGCUGGAAGAGUUUGAUGUUGAGGAGAGACCAUCCAGUGAUUUGGAAGAGAAAUUUCCCAACCUGGUUGUCAUCCACUCUGCUGUGAAAUCACUAAACACAAAAUCACACUCGGUUGAAACUGCAGACGGCCGGGUUUUUGGUUAUGAAAGACUGUGUAUCUGCAGUGGUGGCAGACCCAAGCUCCUGACCCAGGAUCACCCAUAUGUGCUAGGUAUAAGGGACACAGACAGCGCCCAGGAGUUUCAGAAGCGGUUAUCCAAAGCAAAGAGAAUCGUUGUGGUCGGCAACGGAGGGAUUGCCCUGGAAUUAGUGUUCAAGGUGGAAGGCUGCGAGGUGAUCUGGGCUGUGAAGGACAAGGCCAUAGGAAACACAUUCUUUGAUGCCGGGGCGGCACAAUUCUUUAUACCAUCUCUAGAAACUGACAAACCAGACAGAAGUGUCCCCUGUAAGAGAACUCGCUACACCACAGAGGAACCAGCACCUGGAGCGGCCCAUACUUUCACAGCAGAAAGAAACUCAAGAAGACCUGGUUCUAGUUCUACCAAGCAGGGCAGUGCACUUGGUCCGGACUGGCAUAAAGGAAUAGUUCUCAAAGGAACAGAGCAGGUGUCCCGCAGAGUUUCUCUGGAAUACCAGUGUGAAGUGGAAAGAAUCUUCACCCCCGAGGAGCUGCUUCAUUCCCUGCAGCAAGAACUCAAUGAUGAGCAAGAAGGAUCCUGGCCAGUUUACAUCAAGUUAACCAACGGCAAAACAUUUGGUUGUGAUUUUGUUGUCAGUGCCACAGGUGUCGUACCAAACACCGAGCUGUUUCUUCAUGGCAACAAUUUUGCUCUGGCAGAUGAUGGGGGCUUGCGGGUGGAUGACCAAAUGAUGACAUCAGAGCCAGAUGUGUAUGCUGCAGGGGAUGUGUGCACUGCAUGCUGGGAACACAGCCUACUGUGGCAGCAGAUGCGACUGUGGACACAGGCCCGUCAGAUGGGCUGGUACGCAGGCCGAUGCAUGGCAUCACAUGUCCUGUCGGAGCCAAUAGAACUGGACUUCUGCUUUGAACUCUUCUCACACAUCACCAAAUUCUUUAACUACAAGGUGGUUCUGCUGGGAAAGUUUAAUGGGCAGGGCCUGGGGCCCGACCAGGAGCUGCUGGUACGCUGUACCAAAGGCCUGGAGUAUGUCAAGGUCAUUCUCAGUGGAGGUAGGAUGGUUGGAGCUGUGCUUAUCGGGGAAACGGACCUUGAGGAGACCUUUGAGAACCUGAUCCUCAACCAGAUGGAUCUGACUCCCUAUGGAGAGGAGCUGCUCAACCCAAACAUUGAUAUAGAGGACUAUUUUGAUUGAGCGUCAGAAUCUUACUGUACACUCUGGUCCUGUAAGAAUACUUGUGCCUGAAAAAUAUCUCAAAGCAUGAGGAAACAUGCCAUCUGUCAUCCGUCAUCUGUCUGUGCUGAUGGGUGUGUCCCAUACUUUCUGGCAAUGAGAAACAGACUGUAUUUUUCCUUUCAAAUCAAUUAUUUCUUCAA